GUAUCCCUUGGUACUUCAUUCCAUUUAGGUACUUCGCUCUGAGUCUAUCAAUCUACAUCAUCCCAGAGCCACGGCAAUCACGAACAUUUCCUGUCUCUCACGUUUGUUUCAAUGUUGGAAUUUAUUCCGAAGUUCUUGUCAGAAGAGACAUCCCAGACGAGCCACGCCAGCCAUCGUAUAAUAUUGGACAAGGCAAUGGCAUCACAUCCGGACUACUCCGGAUUGUCGGAUCGUUCCGAGCACCCCCGGAUAUUUCCGAUGCCGGGCCAUUCCCGCGCAUCUCCACAUCCAUAAACCAGAUUUGGCUAUCAACCUCCAACUCCAUCCCAACACACAACAAUGGCUCCAUCCAUACCCCAGAUAAGCAGGUCCUUGCAUAGUGCAGCUCGCAACUCCCCGAUCGUCGCAGUCCUCUAUCAGGCCAUCGAGCCACCCAUCAUCAACGGCGCUCGCAAGCCCCGCAAGCCUGGCGGCUACCAAGACUCGGGCGCAGACAUCGCAUAUACGCUUCGUAACCACGGUGUCCGCGUUCUUACCCCAGCAACUUCCCCUGACCCCAAAGAGCAAGAAGGCUGGUGUUUCCCCGAUACAGAGAAAGGGAUCCUGUCCGCUGUGCACCAAGGCGCAACGCACCUGUGGGCCAACACCAUCCUGUUCUCUUCACACCCGCUGCAAAUUUCCCAGUCUCUAGCCUCAGCUCCCGUCUCUGUAGUUGGUCAGCCGCCUUCCCUAGUUGAGUCCUUCGAUGACAAAGCCUACCUCAACGACCAACUCCGAAUCCAUGGCUCAUUCACCCUCCCACAAUCAUGGCUCAUCCGCGGCUCGGAUGAUAUCUCCUCUAUCCUAAACUCAAUUCCUCGCUAUCCUGUAGUCGGGAAGCCCGUCCGCGGCCGCGGCAGCCAUGGAGUAAGGGUAUGUCAUGAUCGAGCAGAUCUUGAAGAACAUGUCACAGCCCUGCUGAACGAGUCACCCAUCGUCAUGGUGGAGGAGUUCCUUACUGGCGAAGAGGCAACCAUCACAAUUAUGCCGCCAUCAACUGAGAAAGGAGAACACUGGAGUCUUCCUCCGAUCACGCGAUUCAACCAUGUCGAUGGGGUCGCGCCGUAUAAUGGUGCCGUGGCAGUGAUUGCGAACUCGCGCGCGGUCACCGAGUCCGAAAUGCAGGAUGCGUCGUACAGAAGUGCAAUGCGGCAGUGCGAACAGGUCGCGAAACUGAUUGGCGCAACAGCCCCGAUUCGUGUUGAUGUUAGACGAUUCAGCGCGGGGUCCGAGUUCGCCAUCUUCGAUAUCAACAUGAAACCGGUACGUUCUCGCCUCCGUCUCCUGGACGUACAGGGACUGAUAUGUGGUAGAACAUGACCGGCCCUGGUCGCCCUGGUCGUGAAGACCAGGCCAGUCUUACCGGUCUCGCGGCCGCAGCUAUCGGGUGGGACUAUGGAACGUUGUUGCACAAGAUUCUCGACAGUGCGC